UUGACAAACUUACAAACUGAAUAUUUGGAAUUUAUGCUCAAAAUUGAAGAAACUCAAAUUGUGAAAGAACAUUGAUGUAAGAUGGCUUCUAUAUACGAUAGAGAUGAGCGUUAUCAGUCUUCUUCGAGGCAUCGUGAGAAGCACAAGGAACGCAGCGAGAGUCGCAGCGAUGACUUGAACUCCUCGAGUCCCAGGCAACGAGGUGAGUCGAGUCGAUCGCGUAGACGUGGCAGCCACACGAGCAUGAGCGAAACACGUAAAAAGCGAUCACGCAGCGGAUUUCGGCUGCACAAUGAUGAGGAUUACGAUCUCAGCGAGCAGCUUUACAAUGAGGACUUCAAACUGAUGUUGGCUUUGGCUCCGACGCCCGAUGAAGCCUUCUGUCCCAAGUCGCUGGAUCAUGCGAAAGCCGUGAAGUGGCGCAACAAGUUGUUGGGCUGGCAAUGCGAAACGAUUCAAGAGCUGCGCUUGCGACAGGCUUACAUGAGUUACUUCAGUGUCUGCCUCAAUCAGAAGCAGAUGCGCGGCAUCUUUCAGCAGGAACCACAGGAUACGCUCUGCCGUGUCGAUUUUCAAGACGUUGUUGUACCUAAUGCAGGCUGCAUGUCAUCGAUGGGCGAUGAGAGUGCUUGGCUGGGCAUGAUGAGCACGUUGCAGCAUCAGGGCAGCUGCUGUAGUCAGCAACCUUCUGGUUCGCGUCAUGCAGGAGGUUUUAACAACUCGAACAGAAGAAAGUAUCCUCAAGCCACCACUCACAAGUUGGCCUACAAAUCAAGACCCAAACUUGUGCCCAAAUCGAAUUUGUCGCUCUCCCAGAGUUCAUCGUGUCGCUCGAGUUUUGAUUCCUUCACCGCCAGCAGUUCAAGUUUGGUUGCUGAGCUACCGCGCAUUCAAACGAGGAGUCAUCAACGUCGUCCCAUUGAUCAGCAAACGCGCAAGGAUAUGGAUUACCUCUUGGCUUUGAUCACGUCGGAGCUCAGUGGUGAACAGUUGUCGGAGCCCGAUGAUUACUUUGAGCUGGAGUUGAAACGUUAUCGAGAAUUCUAUGCCAGGCAUCGCUGCAAUGAUCCUAACCAUCAGCCUCUAGUUGCAGCUGCUGAUCUUGCCAAAGAACGCACUCACAUGCUGCUCAACAUGCAGAAUGAUUUGAUCAAAUUGCUGUCGAAUUGAUAAGCUGCGAAACUCAGUGUAUUAUUUUUUGUGUACGAAAGUAUGUUUAAUAUGUUUAGUAUGUGAUU